AUGGGUCGCUACAUUCCCAAUGCUUUCAACCUGGCUGUGGUCAUCUAUGUGGCACUUGGCUCCACGGCUUGCUCGUAUGGACUUGCUAUUCUCGGCAGUACGAUCGGUCAACCAUCCUUCUUCAGGUCUCUUGAUCUUGCACAGCAAGGCGAGCCAGGAUAUGAUCGAACUGCGAAUCUGUUUGCCGCCUUCAAUGGUGUGAGCAGUGCGGGAGCGUGUUUGGGGGCGAUCUUCAAUAGCUGGUCCGCGGAUGCACUAUCUCGGAAACAUACAAUUCAACUGGGAGCCGCUAUCCUGAGCAUUGGAGCCGGACUCUGUGCAGGCUCUGUCAAUGUUGGCAUGUUUGUCUUUGCUCGUCUGUUCGCAGGCUUCGGAAUUGGAAUCCUCGUCACUUGUAUUCCAAUGUACCAAGCCGAAGUGUCGACGCCCGAAACGAGAGGCUUCAUGGUCUCGAUGCACGGCAUCAUGUUCGCUAUGGGCUACAGUCUAUCCUCCUGGAUCGGUUUCGGAGUAUACUUCAUUUCUGCGUCAGGCUUCGAAAGCACUUUCCCAUGGCGUUUUCCACUCGCAUUCCAGGCAGUUCCUGCACUACUGCUACUUGCAGGCUCAUUCUGGCUACCAUAUAGCCCUCGAUGGCUGAUGCAAAAGGGACGAUUUGAAGAAGCUGAGGGUGUCCUGAAGAGGCUGCAUACCCGAGCUGGUGAUACCCACCAAGAAGAAGCCGCGAAAGAAUUCUACCAAAUGAGGAAGCAACUCGAACAGGAUCGCGCCCUGAAAGCCAAGAUCAGUCAAUUCGAGCUCUUCAAGACAGCUUCCAACCGGAAGAGAGCAUUGAUCUGCGCAGCAAUGAUGUGGUUCAAUAUGUUCACAGGCGUCCUCAUCAUAGCCAACUACGCCGUAAUAAUCUUCACCGACCUCGGUCUCUCAGGCUACAUGCCUCUCCUUCUUCUCGCCCUCUGGGUAACCGCCUCCUUUCCCGGAAACAUCCUAACAGCCCUCUACGUCGACCGCUGGGGCCGGCGAAAGUUCAUGCUCGUAGGCGCCGUCGGCCUAACGAUUUCCCUCCUCCUCGAAACAAUUCUUCAAGCUCUCUAUACCGGCACUUCCAACGUCGCUGGCCAACGUGCUGCGAUUUUCUUUAUCUUUUUGUUCAUUAUCUUCUGGAGUAGUUGUUUUGAUGCAACGCAGUAUUUGUACAUGGCGGAGAUUUUCCCGACGGAUGUGAGGAGUCAGGGAACGGCUUGGGGGAUGGCGAAUCAGUUUGCGGCGCAGAUUAUCAUUGUUGUGGCGGGGCCAAUUGCGUUGGAGAAGAUUGGUUGGAAGUUCUUCUUGGUGUUGUUGUGUCCGACGGCGGUGUAUGUUGGGGUGAUCUAUUUCUUCUUUCCUGAAACGAAGAAUCGAUCGUUGGAAGAUAUCAAUGCCGAGUUUGGGGAUAGUGUUGCGGUGCACUAUUUUGGUGCUACGGAAGAGGAGCAAAAGGAGUAUGCUAAGGCGAUUGAGGCGGAAGGAAGAAUUUCAGCACAUAUGUCACAUGUGGGCGAAAAGGAAAAUGGGGUGCAGCAAUUUGAGACUGUGACUAAGGUAUGACAUUUUCAGGAUCGGGACCAGGCAGCGCAUACACGUUGAAGUACCACGGGACAGCCAGAAAUGAGCUCCCUGCAAGUACGACGCCAUGACGAAAAAUACCUUCCACGCACUCACAUCCCGAUCUGAAAAGUCAAAACCUUUUGUCUGCUAUAGAAGUCGAGCAAACUUCCUCGGGCAAAUUCAGGUAUCACUUUGGAGGAUUCAGCAGAUAAUUCAGAUCUGUGAGUCCCAGGCUGGAGAAUUGUGUUAGCCUGUCCUCACUACUUUCUCCACGCUCAACCAUC